UCCUCCUCUCUCUCUCUCUCUCGCUAGAGUACCUAUUACUCUCCUGCCAAGAUCCCACCUUUCCGCCGGAAAACCCCUUCAUCUCCAUCGCCUACCUCUUCUAACACCUCAAAACCGCUUUUCCCAUAUUCCCUAAACCGCCAAUGUCGUCCCCAGAGGUGGACUUCGCCUUGUUCUUUCUCUUCCCGUCGAGCCCUUUCCUUUCUCCCAUCCUCGCACUCUUCAUCGUCGUCCUUUCUGUCCUUUGGUUCCACCCGGGGGGCCUCGCGUGGGCGCUUUCCAGGGUCGGGCGCUCGAUCCCUGGUCCGCCAGGUAUCGUCCUUGCCCUCUCCGGCACCGCUGCCCACCGUGCGCUCGCUUGGCUUGCCCGGUCGUUCCAAGCUCUUCCCUUGAUGGCCUUCUCCGUGGGGUUCACCCGGUUCGUCGUGUCGAGUCACCCCAACACGGCGAGGGAGAUCCUCAACAGCUCGGCCUUCGCCGACCGGCCCAUCAAAGAGUCCGCCUACGAGCUCCUCUUCCACCGGGCCAUGGGGUUCGCCCCCUUUGGGGAGUACUGGAGGAAUCUGAGGAGGAUCUCCACCACUUACCUGUUCAGUCCCCGGAGGAUUUCGGCCUCCGGGAAGCACCGGAGGGCGAUUGGGGAGCAGAUGGUUGAUGAGGUCAAGGGGCUAAUGGGGAGGUAUGGGGAGGUGGAGGUGAAGAGAGUGCUGCAUUUUGGGUCGUUGAACAACGUUAUGAUGAGUGUUUUUGGGAAAAGAUUCGAGUUUGGGAAGGGGGAGGGGGAGGAAUUGGAAGGGCUGGUGAGGGAAGGGUAUGAGCUCCUGGGGGUCUUCAACUGGAGUGAUCACAUCCCAGUGCUGGGGUGGCUGGACUUGCAAGGGGUGAGGAAGAGGUGCAGGAGGUUGGUGGGGAGAGUCAAUGUGUUUGUGGGCAAGGUCAUAGAGGAGCAUAGGCAAAAGAGAAGGAACUUUGGUGGGUCUUUGGAGGAUGGGGUGGGGGACUUUGUGGAUGUAUUGCUUGAUUUGGAAGAGGAGAAGCUCUCUGACGUUGACAUGGUGGCUGUUCUUUGGGAAAUGAUCUUUAGAGGCACUGAUACCGUAGCUAUCCUCUUGGAGUGGAUAAUGGCUAGAAUGGUUCUCCACCCAGAUAUCCAAUCAAAAGCUCAAUCUGAGAUCGAUGCUGUUGUUGGGAACUCCCGGCUUGUCUCCGAUUUUGACAUCCCAAUGCUUCCUUAUCUGCAAUCCAUUGUGAAGGAAUCUCUCCGAAUGCAUCCACCAGGGCCACUCCUUUCAUGGGCUCGCCUCGCCAUCCAUGAUGUCAACGUCGGCAAUCACUUCGUCCCUGCCGGGACCACGGCCAUGGUGAACAUGUGGGCGAUCACUCAUGACGAGUCCAUUUGGCCUGAGCCAGGGGAGUUCAAACCGGAGCGGUUCAUGGCGGAGGGUGUGAGCAUUCUGGGCUCGGAUCUCAGGCUGGCGCCGUUCGGUUCUGGGAGGAGGGUGUGCCCUGGAAAGGCCAUGGCACUGGCUACUGUUCAUCUGUGGCUGGCUCGGCUGCUUCAGUGCUUCAAAUGGGUCCCUUCAGAGGGUGGUGUGGAUCUGUCCGAGUGCUUGAGGAUGUCUCUGGAGAUGAAGAACCCUCUGGUUUGUAAGGCUCUUCCAAGGUGCUGAAUGGCCUUGAAAGGUGGUGUUUUGUUCUUCCAAAAUGGCUGUUACCUCUUAUACCAAAGUUUGGUGCUUGGAGAUGAUGUUGUUCUUCUAUCUGCAUGAUUUGGCUUAUAGUUAGGCAGUUUCUACUUUUGUUUUCAGUGUUCUGUUCACUUAUGAUGCAUAGUUCUAGUCUAGAUUUCCUUGUCAUAUGGUUGAAAGUGUUGUUAUGUAGGAUGUUGUUUGUCAAGGGGUUUUGUGUUCACUGAUGUAUACAUGUGUUGUCUCAUGCAAUGUAUACAACUUGCUUUCGGCAAAUGCUUUUAGACUUCAUAUGCUCAA